AUGUCAUUGACGCCAUCAAGCGAGUUUCGCCAGAUGGACGGUGCCACCACGAACAAGUGCUUUCUUCCGCUGCAAAGUGUACUCGAGGCGUCGAUGCGUAUUCGCGGUGGCAACUGUUACAACAAUCCCCAAUUAAAGAAGGACGCACUGAUAAGAGCUGGAAAUCUACCACGCUGUCUACCGUGUUCUGCUGAGGCUUUCCAGAUGUCUCUCUAG